AUGUCAGCCUCGGCCUCUCCUCGCAGGACAGAGCAAUUUCUAUCAGCCGGUCUUACCCCGCUCCAGAAAUCUCUCAACCCACACAUCAUAGGGGUAAACCCUAGGUGCGGCGUGGUAGAAAUGCACUAUAAUUUUGGUACUGAUAAAUAA